AUGUAAAGUGUGUGUGUAUGUGUGUGUGUUCUUUAAAAGGCAGUGGUUGGCUGGUUUUCCGGACAUGAUGUGGUUGAAGCUGUCAUCGUAAUGGAAAUUCAUUGCUGUAGCUAUGGUAAAUCGAGUUUUCUGCCUGUGCUGAAUGCAUUAGUCUAAUGAGAUAUUUGCAGCUGGCGAGUGGGGCUGCUGGAGAUGUACGGUGUGCUAACGGACAGGGAGAAGAUGGCUCAUAGAAUGGUCUGCGUGCACGUGCUCCAAGUCUUCUACUCCAUGGGCCAAAAUACCUGGUGUCUGUAAAAAAAAAAGCUGAUCCAUCAUUCAACAUACGCAAUAGAUACCGUGCUUAUGAAUCAUUUGCCAUCCCUGCCACCAAGACUGGAUACUGUUGACAUGCAGUCUCCCAGAAUACCAGGAAGAAAAAGAGGAAGGCCCCCGCUCCAUCCUGCUCCGAUGAAAAUGGCUGUUCAUAAUCUGUAUUCAGCACCAGCCGGUUCCUUGCCUAUAGUGAAGAUCCCUAAGAAGCGAGGGAGAAAACCUGGGUAUAAGCUGAAAUCUCGUGUUCUAAUGACUCCUUUAGCAAUCUCCCCACCAAGAAGCACACCAGAACCGGAUAUUAGUUCAAUCCCACAGGAUGCAGCCACAAUCCCCAAUUCAGCCGCCCCGCAAGCCCUCACAGUUUGCAUUUAUGUCAACAAGCAAGCUAAUGUGGGGCCUUAUCUUGAGAGGAAAAAAGUACAACAACUUCCAGACCACUUUGGGCCUGAACGACCCUCCACGGUUCUACAACAGGCAGUACAAGCAUGCAUUGACUGCGCACACCAGCAAAAGACUGUCUUCUCACUCGUCAAGCAAGGCUAUGGAGGCGAAAUGGUGUCAGUUUCUGCUUCAUUUGAUGGGAAACAACACCUCCUGAGCCUGCCAGUAGUGAACAGCAUUGGCUACGUUUUGCGGUUCCUCAAAAAGCUUUGCCGUAGCUUAUUGUGUGACAAUCUUUUCAGCAAUCAGCCUUUUCCACAAUACAACACUUCCGAAAGCCUAGAAGCAUAUGAAAAUGGACAAAUGGAGUCAGAAACAGUCAUACCUGAAGAUUACCUGGUUGAUCCAGUGACCACAAAGCACUACAGUGUAGAUCCCACUGAUUCUGCCUUCAAUUGUAUGGGCUCCAUAUACUCCAUGCGACAGAACUCUGGAGACGGGCGUCAUGGAGGAGGUUCCUCGUCAUCUUGUAUUCAUCGUUCUGGUCAGAUUCCUUCUGGAGGACCAUCAGCUACUGGUUUAAGGCAUCAGACAUCAAGCCCAACCCGAAAUGGAACCUAUCUGGAAGGAAACAGAAGUGCCUCAAGUCCUUCACCAGAAAGAAAAGAUGCAGCUCGGCCCUUGAGCAAAAACCCUUCAACGUGGACCGUUGAUGAUGUGGUAUGGUUUGUGAAGGAUGCUGACCCUCAUGCUCUAGGACCCCAUGUGGAGCUCUUCAGAAAACAUGAGAUUGAUGGCAAUGCUUUGUUGCUACUGAAGAGUGACAUGAUCAUGAAAUACCUGGGCCUGAAGCUGGGACCGGCACUGAAGCUCUGUUAUCACAUCGAUAAGCUGAAGCAAGCCAAGUUCUGACAUUUUCUAAAACCACCAAACAGUCCUGAUGUA